UCUAGUGUGUCCCACCCGGCUCGCUGUCCGCGGCUCGGUACGAAGUGGUAGCCUACCGCCCAGAACCUCAGAACCGCCCCAGCCAGGCUACGUGCCCGCGGCGGCUUCUCCUCUUCGGAAUGACAGACAAUAUUCCCCUGCAGCCUGUCCGGCGGCCAAAGAGAAACAACAGUAAACACAGACACGGGUGCUGCCCAUGGUCCAAAUGUUGCGGCAUGUGCGACUUCCGACCCCGCACAGUGUGGCUCGGCCAUCCAGAAAAGCGGGAGCAGAGAUACCCCCGGAAUGUCAUUAACAACCAGAAGUACAACUUCUUCAGCUUCCUGCCUGGGGUGCUUUUCAAUCAGUUCAAGUACUUCUUCAAUUUGUAUUUCUUGAUGCUGGCCUGCUCUCAGUUUGUAGAGGAGCUACGCUUGGGUGACCUCUACACCUACUGGGUCCCUUUGGGUCUGGUCUUGACAAUCACCAUCAUAAGAGAGGCCGUUGAUGAAAUAAGAUGCUACAUUCGAGACAAAGAGGUGAACUCUCAGAUCUACAGCAAGCUCUCAACAAGAGGCACAACGAAAGUCAAAAGCAGCAACAUUCAAGUGGGAGAUCUUAUAAUAGUGGAAAAGAACCAACGCGUUCCUGCUGACAUGAUCUUUUUAAGGACCUCAGAGAGAAAUGGCUCCUGUUUCCUACGCACUGACCAGCUAGACGGGGAGACAGACUGGAAGCUGCGCCUCCCAGUGGCAUGUACACAGAGGAUGCCAACUGCUGCAGACCUUCUACAGAUCCGAUCCUAUGUGUAUGCAGAAGAGCCAAACAUCGACAUCCAUAACUUUAUUGGAACUUUCACCAGGGAGGAUGGAGACCCUCCCGUCAACGAAAGCCUCAGCAUUGAGAACACGCUCUGGGCCAGCACAGUGGUUGCCUCGGGCACAGUAGUGGGGCUGGUGAUUUAUACUGGCAAGGAGCUGCGCAGCGUCAUGAACACCUCCAACCCAAGACACAAGGUGGGCUUGUUUGACCUGGAGGUGAACUGCUUGACUAAAAUCCUUUUUGGGGCAUUGGUGGUAGUGUCUCUCGUCAUGGUGGCCCUGCAGCACUUUGCUGGACGGUGGUACCUGCAGAUCCUGCGCUUCCUACUGCUCUUCUCCAACAUUGUGCCUAUCAGCCUGCGUGUCAAUCUGGAUAUGGGAAAGAUGGUUUUCAGUUGGAUGAUCAAGAAGGACUCCAAGAUACCUGGUACGGUGGUGAGAGCCAGCACAAUACCUGAACAGCUGGGCCGCAUCUCCUACCUGUUGACUGACAAAACAGGAACUCUCACCCAAAAUGAAAUGGUGUUCCGGCGCCUCCACCUUGGGACUGUGGCGUACGGGAUGGACUCUAUGGAUGAAGUGCAGAGCCAUGUGUUCAGUGCUUACACACAGCCUACCCAUGACCUUCCAGCCUCCAGGACCCCAGCGACCACAAAGGUUCGCAAGACUAUCAGCAGUAGAGUUCACGAGGCGGUGAAAGCCAUCGCGUUGGUGCACAACGUGACGCCGGCAUACGAGUCCAACGGCGUGACGGACCAGGCCGAGGCAGAACAGCACUACGAAGACACCUGCAGGGUAUACCAGGCCGCCAGCCCUGAUGAGGUGUCGCUGGUGCAGUGGACAGAGAGCGUUGGCCUGACACUGGUGGGGAGAGACCAGUCUUCCAUGCAACUCAGGACCCCUAAUGGUCAAAUAAUGAAUUUCAGCAUCCUGCAGAUUUUCCCCUUCACGUAUGAGAGCAAGAGGAUGGGCAUCAUUGUGCGAGAUGAAUCAACUGGAGAGAUCACGUUCUACAUGAAGGGUGCUGAUGUGGUGAUGGCCGGUAUCGUCCAGUAUAAUGAUUGGCUGGAAGAAGAGUGUGGGAACAUGGCGAGAGAAGGUCUCCGGGUCCUGGUUGUCUCCAAGAAGUCCCUGACUGAGGAGCAGUAUCAGGAUUUUGAGGCACGCUACGUCCAGGCCAAGCUCAGCGUGCACGACCGCUCCCUUAAGGUUGCCACUGUGAUUGAAAGUCUGGAAAUGGAGAUGGAGCUCCUGUGUUUGACUGGCGUGGAGGAUCAGCUACAGGCCGACGUCAGGCCCACCCUGGAGAUCCUUCGCAAUGCAGGCAUCAAGGUUUGGAUGCUGACAGGAGACAAGCUGGAAACGGCCACAUGUACCGCUAAGAACGCCCACCUGAUCACCCGUAACCAGGACAUCCACAUCUUCAGACCAGUGACCACGCGAGGAGAGGCCCAUCUGGAACUCAACGCUUUCAGGAGGAAACAUGACUGUGCCCUGGUCAUAUCAGGGGACUCGCUCGAGGUUUGUCUGAAAUACUACGAAUACGAGUUCAUGGAACUGGCGUGUCAAUGUCCCGCUGUGGUCUGCUGCCGCUGCGCCCCCACCCAGAAGGCCCAGAUCAUCCGGCUCCUACAGGAGCGGACGGGCAAGCUCACCUGUGCUGUAGGAGACGGAGGAAACGAUGUCAGCAUGAUCCAGGAAGCCGACUGUGGCGUGGGAGUGGAGGGAAAAGAAGGCAAACAGGCCUCGCUGGCCGCAGACUUCUCUGUGACUCAAUUCAAACAUUUGGGUCGUCUCCUAAUGGUUCACGGACGGAACAGCUACAAGAGGUCUGCAGCCCUCAGUCAGUUUGUCAUCCACAGGAGCCUUUGCAUCAGCACCAUGCAGGCCGUCUUCUCAUCUGUCUUCUAUUUUGCUUCAGUGCCACUCUACCAAGGAUUCCUCAUUAUUGGCUACUCCUCCAUCUACACAAUGUUCCCUGUCUUCUCCCUGGUGUUGGACAAAGAUGUUAAAUCCGAGGUGGCCAUGUUAUAUCCAGAGUUAUACAAAGACCUGUUGAAGGGUAGACCGCUAUCCUUUAAGACGUUUCUAAUAUGGGUUUUAAUAAGUAUUUAUCAAGGCAGCAUCAUCAUGUAUGGGGCACUGCUGCUCUUCGAGUCCGAGUUCGUCCACAUUGUGGCCAUCUCCUUCACGUCGCUCAUCCUCACCGAGCUGCUCAUGGUGGCGCUGACCAUUCAGACGUGGCACUGGCUCAUGAUGGUCGCCGAGCUCCUCAGCUUGGCCUCUUACGUGGCGUCGCUCGUCUUCCUGCACGACUUCAUUGACGUGUACUUCAUCACUACGCCGUCGUUCCUGUGGAAGGUGACAUCCAUCACGCUGGUCAGCUGCCUGCCCCUCUACAUCCUCAAGUACCUGCGGAGGCGCUUUUCCCCGCCCAGCUACUCCAAGCUCACCACCUAGGGGGCAUAGCCUGGCGAGUGUCCGCCAUCAUCCAGACAUGUGCAGAUCUACUUCAUUUGACCUGGGCACAUUUAACAGAAAUGUCAAAUUCUAAACAAUUGUGGGUGUUUUGCCUGUAUUUAAUAAAUAUGACACAUCUUGUUAAUUUAUUCAUGCACAUGAUGAUUUUUUUAAAAGUAUCCCAUUGAGGUUAAUGGCCUUUUAACGCUAACAUUUGCCACCUUUAGCAGCAGUACCAGUCUUAUAGCUGCACAUGGGACUUGAUUCUUACUCUCCCCAAACUGUGAAUUCUAAAAGGAGUUCCAGAAUUAUACGCUUCAAAACCAGCUGAGGUGCCAUAAAAGUCAUGUUUGUUUAUGUGUCAGGCAGUGGAGGCGGCCAAUGUCAGAGGGCCCGCAGUGUCAGAGGCUAAAUUGGUCCUCGUGUAUUUCUAUUCUGCCCCCACACCCCCAGGAGUGCUGGUUAUUGUGGGCCCCUCGCCUCGUCAUGUGGUAGCGACCUAAAGCCAUAAAAAAAAUACCCACCAGCCCUUACACUGGCCUCAACUAAAAGGGAUCACUAUGUCAAAUCAAAAUCUUUGUUAAUAUUGUCAAUAUGUUUAUUUGCUUACUUUGUCCCAGUGAUGCAGUAAAUCUUGGGUCUCUGACCUACCAGUACUGUGUUUUAUGAAAUUACAAUUUUUUUAAUUUGUUUUAUUUAUUUUGCCAUUAAUGUGGAAAGCAUGAUUGGGAUGCCUGUAAAUAACCUAUUUUAAUUUGUAUGUAUUAAGCUUUUUUUAAACGCUAUUGGUUGCAAAGGGACAAGCCGAACAAAAAUUGUCAUUGUGUUGAUAGUUAAUAAAUUGCCUGCUUUGUUAUCCAGGACAACUUUUUUGCCUCCCAUGUC